AUGGCUUCACCAACACGCACUUCUACACCUGCGCCAGAAGUAGAUGAGCCUCUUCCCACUUUUGAACAAGAGACGCCAAUCCCCCGCAAACUUCUGCCAUUGGUUGACCGCAAAACCUGGGGCCAUUGGCACGUUAGUCCUGAGAAGGCCACAACGGAGAAAGAGCUAGCCUCUGUUUUUGGGUAUCUCAUCGAGUGCCACCGCAGCGGGAACCUUACGGGACCAGACUUGUGGCAAGAGUUCCAAAGCGACUUUGAGGAUUGGCCGGAGACGGCAUUUCUAACCACUUCCUCGCAUAUGCUAAAGUACGUGCGAGACUUUCUGAAAAUCCGUGGCGUCUACGUCCCAACGGACGGCUUACGAAUUGGCAAGCAUAUUUUCGGCAUUGCCAACCAGUCUUCCUUCCACUAUUGGUCUGCGGCGGAAAUACAGGAGGUUUCGUCCAAAAGUAACAGCUUCCGGGAAAUGUUGAAGACCCCAGGGUUCCGCGAAAGCAUUACUGUCCCGCCGGUAGAAGAAGAUAUACCGGCACCCCCGACGGCUCGUCAACAACAAUUCCCGUCACAACAGCGACAGCUACAGUCAGGCACGCCACCAUUUUCUCCAGGACAACCGUCACUGACCUUUCCAGCAGAUAUGCCCACACCUCGGCAGCUCACGAAUCUUGCCCAAAUGUACGUACGACAGACAAAAGUACGCUGGUGGCAGAUAUGA